AUGGAUAUGUCCGAUCAGGGUGCAUCCGAUUACAGACGCGACACUGACCAAGCCACACUGAAAGAAGCGCCCACAAAUCGAAGCAAAGCUUCGAGGGGAAGUCUUGAUAUCACAGAAUCAAACAACUCUGCGUCCAAUAGUCGUCCUUUCAUAUCAUCUGCUGGUCCAAGUCCCCCAGAUGAAGGCAACAAUGGACGCGCACAAAAUCAACAUCAACCAUAUGUAGAAGAUGGAUAUGCCGAGCUUAAUCCCGCGUACAGCCAACCUGGAAAUGUACGACCAAUCUGGGGUUUGGCAGAUCCUAUGCCACGAAUCAUACGUCGAGGUAUGAAACCGUCGCAGCAGGAGAUCCAAGCGGACAGACCAAAGCCUGGAGAAGAGGAUGAGGAUGUGUUGCAACCUACCGAUUCUCAGAUGGAGCAAGGAAUCGGCCCAAAGUUGAAUCUGAACAAGCUUGACAAGAGCAUACACGACGCGACAAAGGAACGAGAACGAAAGUAUGCCGACAAAUAUGGCAAGAAGUCCGAGCCACCAUCAGAGAUGGGUCAGGAGUCCCACACGCGACCAGCUGGCUUCCUGCAGCAGCUCACGCCUCCGCACGAGGCUGGCGAGGAUGAAGAAGAACUAUCAAAAGCAUCGACAAGACGGUCCGAUACAGAGCGCCAACAACAACAUAGUCGUAGUGAAGACGGUCACGACGAAGAGAAGGAUGAAGAGACCAAUGAUGACGUGGCAGAGUCUACAUCUGUUCAAAGGAAUGAAGGCAUCUCUCCAAUAAACAAUAUCGAGGGAGAGCUACAUAACCACCAUACGCUAUGGGCAGUUCUUAGGACUAAACUACGUGAGCCUCUGGCCGAGAUUCUUGCCGUAUUUGUCUUGAUAACAAUCGGUAUUUGUGCUAAUGUGGCACACAAUCUUACCAAUAGCGGCUCGAGUGACUCCAUGGCAUGGUCAUGGGGUUUCGCCACCAUGAUUGCUAUCUACAUCAGCGGUGGUGUGUCUGGAGGACACCUCAAUCCUGCGAUUACAAUCAUGCUCUACAUCUUCCGUGGCUUCCCGAAAAGGAAGAUCCCUGUGUAUAUUCUUGCUCAAUUGCUUGGAGCAUAUAUCGGCUCACUUGUUGCAUAUGGCAUCUAUCGAAAUUGCAUACUCAACUACCUGGACUCUAAUCCGGAGCAAAUAACAAAUGUCUACAACUCAUUUGUCACGAAUCGUAUGCCUGGUGUGGCCGAUGCUGCCUCAGGUUUCCUGACUGAGUUUGUUGCUGCAGCAUUCAUUGGUGUUGUUGUAUUGGCUCUAGGUGAUGACAGUAACGCACCCCCUGGAGCAGGAAUGAAUGCUUUCAUCAUCGGCCUAGUCAUCAGCAUCGAAACUAUGGCCUUUUCUGCCAGUACUGGCGCCGCAAUCAACCCUGCUCGCGAUAUGGGGCCUCGCUUAGCUUUGAUCACGGUUGGCUUCAAUAGACACGACUUGUUUGGAGAUGGCUGGUGGAUUUAUGGAGUGUGGUGCGCCAACAUAACCGGCGCUAUUGUCGGUGCGAUUCUCUACGAUGUUGCGAUCUUUGUGGGCGGAGAGUCUCCUCUCAACUAUCCUCGAGGAAGUAUUAAACGAGUGAGCAGUAAGACCAAGGCAAGGUGGAGGCAUCGGCUACGAUACAGGAGAAGAUAG